AUGUCAACUGGAACCAAUGCUUCGAAUAAAGCUGAACAAAAUGUUCAGCAAAACAUUCCACAAUUGAAAAGAAGAUUGACUGGUUUCUUACCACAAGAAAUUAAAGCAAUUGAUUCAAUUAUUCCAUUGCAAUCAAGAUCUUUAUGGACUAAAAAUAAGGCAAAGAAGAUCGGAAGUGAAGAAGAUUUCGACGAGAAAUUCGUCAACCACGUUGAAACCACUCUUGCUAGAUCCUUAUACAAUUGUGAUGAUAUGGCUGCUUAUGAAGCAACUUCGUUGAGUAUCAGAGACAAUUUGGUCAUUGAUUGGAAUAAAACUCAACAAAAAUUCACAGCCAGAGACCCAAAAAGAGUCUAUUACUUAUCUUUAGAAUUCUUGAUGGGUAGAGCUUUAGAUAAUGCUUUAAUAAAUAUGGAGUCACCAGAAGGUUCUACUGACAAGCAUGCAAACUCAAGAGAUAUGGUUUCUGACUCUUUGCAAAAUUUAGGAUUUAAGUUGGAAGAUGUUUUAAAACAAGAACCGGAUGCCGCUUUGGGUAAUGGUGGUCUAGGUCGUUUAGCUGCUUGUUUUAUCGAUUCUUUAACUACUCAAAAUAUUCCAGCUUGGGGUUAUGGUUUGCGUUAUGAAUAUGGUAUCUUCGCACAAAAAAUUAUUGACGGUUAUCAAGUUGAAACCCCAGAUUACUGGUUAAAUACGGGUAAUAGAUGGGAAAUUGAAAGAAACGAAAUUCAAUUCCCUGUCACUUUCUAUGGUUAUGUUGACAGACAAGAUGGUAACAGAUCAACUACAGAACCUUCUCAAUGGAUUGGUGGUGAAAGAGUCAUUGCUAUGGCUUAUGAUUUCCCUGUUCCAGGUUAUAAGACAACCACCGUAAAUAAUUUGAGAUUAUGGAAAGCAAUUCCAACGACUGAAUUCGAUUUUGCAAAAUUCAAUUCUGGAGAUUAUAAAAAUUCUGUUGCAGAACAACAAAAGGCUGAAUCAAUUACAGCUUGUUUAUAUCCAAAUGAUAACUUUGAAGCUGGUAAAGAAUUGAGAUUGAAGCAACAAUACUUCUGGUGUGCUGCUUCUUUACAUGAUAUUUUAAGAAGAUUCAAGAAGACUCAAAGAAAGUGGAGUGAAUUCCCAGAUCAAGUUGCAAUUCAAUUGAAUGAUACACAUCCAAGUUUGGCUAUUUUGGAAUUACAAAGAGUCUUGGUUGAUUUAGAAGGAUUGAAAUGGGAUGAAGCUUGGGAUAUUGUCACUAAAACCUUUGCUUACACCAACCAUACCGUUAUGCAAGAAGCUUUGGAAAAAUGGCCAGUUAGUCUAUUUGGUAAAUUAUUACCAAGACACUUGGAAAUCUUGUACGAUGUUAACUGGUUCUUCUUACAAAUGGUUGCUAAGAAAUACCCAAACAAUGCUGAAAUUUUAUCAAGUGUUUCAAUCAUUGAAGAAGUUAACCCAGAGAGACAAGUCCGUAUGGCUUUCUUAGCAAUUGUUGGUUCCCAUAAAGUUAACGGUGUUGCAGAACUACAUUCUGAAUUGAUUAAGACUACUAUUUUCAAAGAUUUUGUCGAUAUUUUCGGCGCUUCAAAGUUUACUAACGUCACCAAUGGUAUUACACCAAGAAGAUGGUUGAAACAAGCUAAUCCUAAAUUAGCUCAAUUGAUCAAGGAUACUCUAAACGAUCCAGAUGAAAAUUAUUUGUUAGAUAUGACAAAAUUAACCAAAUUAGCUGAUUAUGUUGAUGAUAAGGAUUUCCGUAAUAAAUGGAAUGACGUCAAAUUGCAAAAUAAGAACACUUUGGCUGAUUUAAUGAAAAAAUUUAAUGACGGCAAGGAUGUUGUUGAUAGAGAAAAAUUGGAUGACACUCUAUUUGAUAUUCAAGUUAAACGUAUUCAUGAAUAUAAGCGUCAACAAAUGAAUAUAUUUGGUGUUAUUGCUCGAUACUUAGAUAUUAAGGAAUUAUUAUCAGAAGGUAAAUCAAUUGAAGAGAUUGAAAAAGUUUACCCACGUAAGGUUUCUAUCUUUGGUGGUAAGAGUGCUCCUGGUUAUUACAUGGCUAAGUUAAUCAUCAAAUUAAUUAAUUCUGUUGCUGAUGUCAUUAAUAAUGAUGAAUCUAUCAACGGUAUUUUGAAAGUUUUCUUCAUUCCUGAUUAUAAUGUCUCUAAAGCUGAAAUUAUUAUUCCAGCCAGUGAUAUCAGUGAACAUAUCUCAACUGCAGGUACAGAAGCUUCCGGUACUUCAAAUAUGAAAUUCAGUAUGAAUGGUGGUUUAAUUAUUGGUACUGUUGAUGGUGCCAACGUUGAAAUUACUAGAGAAAUCGGUGAAGAUAACAUCUUCUUAUUUGGUAAUCUAAGUGAAAAGGUUGAGGAUUUAAGAGCUGCUCACAGGUAUAAGAGCGAUGAUUUCCCAGAAUCUUUAGAUAGAGUUUUGUCAGCUUUAGAAAGUGGUAUCUUCUCUCCUGACAAUUCUAAUGAAUUUAAACCAUUAUGGGACAGUAUUAGAUAUCAUGGUGAUUAUUACUUAGUUUCAGAUGAUUUUGAGUCAUAUUUAGCUACUCAAAAAUUAAUUGAUGAAACUUAUCAUUAUCAAAGAGAAGACUGGGUAAAGAAGAGUAUAUUAUCUGUCGCAAACAUCGGUUAUUUCAAUAGUGAUCGUUGUAUCGAAGAUUAUGCUGAAACAAUCUGGAAUGUUGAACCAGUGGUUCCAGAAUAA